CAUCGACGAUUGCAUGUCGCACUCCGUUCGCGAUGUGAUAUUUUAUACGUUCUUUACCAAUAUCUGUUUCGUAAUUUUGGAAUAUUUCAGUUACAUCAAUUGUCAAUCGCUUUUAGCAUAUCAAAUUACGUUUAUAAGCUGGAAAUAUCGAGCAGUAAUUGUACAGGACUUCGCAGUAAUUAUGGCCUGUAACCCUUUAUAUAAAGUUCUUUCCAACCGGUUUCGUCAACUGGGCUGUCGGAUAGCGAAGUAUCCUAAAUGGUUCAUUGUGCUCCCGAUAUUUUCCUCGUUGUUUCUAGCAACGGGACUUCAGAAGAAGUACGAUCUUAACGACAUAGAAACUCUGACGACUCCAAAAACUAGCAAAGCCCCUUAUUAUAGGGAAAGGAUAGAAUCACUUUUUCGCAUGAAUCUUUCUUCUAAUUUCGAUGCCGGAAGAAUUACGACGACUGGAAGAUUCGGAACAGUCAUAAUUUCGUCUAAAUACGGCGAUAACGUUCUUCGUCAAUACGUAUUUAAUGACAUACUAAAACUAAAUCAUUUCAUACAAAAUAUUUCCAUUCUUCUAGACGGAGACGUUCUAAAGUAUAAAGAUUUGUGUGCCAGAAACGAAGAGCAAUGCUUCAGAAACAGCAUUUUGGAUCUAAACUCCACAAUAGGGAGAUUAGAAAAAAGAAAAUAUUUCCUUAAAUAUCCUCUUAUGUGGAUAAGUAAAACCGAAAUAUUGUUUCUUCCACCCUAUUUAGGAGGCGUUACUCUGGAUGAAAACGGUUACGUAAGUUCCGCCAGAGCCUUGAGACUAACUUACUUCUUAGAUAACAGCAAUAAACGAAAAGAAACGGCUGCGCUUCUAUGGGAAAGUACGUUUCUCAAUGUGUUAAAUUCGUUAGAAUUAGAAAAUAUCAACUUCGAGAUUUUUGUAUCGACGUCUUUGGAAAAAGAAGUGAGUCGAGCACCUGUCGUUACUCUGCCGUACAUAAUUAUUGCGGGUAUUUUGGUGAUAUCUUUUACUGUAACGACUUGCCUCAUGCCUAACUGUAUACAAGGAAAACCUUGGAUCGCUAUAGGAACGGCAUUAUCGUCGGCAAUGGCUACUAUUUCCGGAUUUGGUUUGAUGGCGUAUUGUGGUUUUCCUCACGUUUUCUUUAACGUAACAGUGCCUUUCCUUAUUUUGGGUAUAGGCAUGGACGAUACAUUCGUACUUCUUUCUGCUUGGAGAAGAAGUGAUCGCAAGCAAAACGUUGAGAAAAGAUUAGGCGAAACGUACUCUGUUUCUGCAGUUUCCAUAACUCUGACGUCACUUACCAACAUAGUUUGCUUCUUCAUUGGAGCCGUAGCUACUACAUUUUUGGGGUGUAACAUCUAUUGUAGCUAUAUUUGCUGCUGUUUGGUGUUCGAUUAUAUCUAUCAAAUCACCUUCAUAGGAGGAUUAUUUGCCAUCUGCGGAUACGCCGAAGAAAAAAAUUUACACUCGAUCACAUUUAUGCCUAUUAAAGAUAAACAUCUGAACAAAGCCAAAGGAUGCUUUCAAAAGACAUUGAAAAUGACGGGGCAUUACUCUGAGGGUUCGCAGCCAAAAUUUUUACUAAGUGUAUGGAAUAGUACGACAAACGCUCUUCGCCAUUUCUCCGUUAAACUUGCAGUUAUUUUACUCCUGAUAGUCUAUCUUACGUUGGGCACGUUCGGCGCCAUGAAACUGAAAAACGAAUUAAAAUUCAUCGAUCUGACGUUUUAUCAGUCGAAUUUAUGGCGAUCGGUCAGCGCCCUGCAAAAUAACUUUAACCAGUAUCAAGAGAGGAUACAAUUAGUGGUCACCCAGCCGCUGGACUACGCCAAUCAGAAAGUGCAAGAGGAAUUAGAAAUAAUGACCAGAACCUUCGAAUCGCAUCCUGUAAUAGCCGAUUCGUCGCUCACUCAAUCCUGGCUGAGGACUUACCUAAAGUACUUGAAGAGUCGCGAAGUAAAGUCUCUCACCAGCGAAUACAAUUUUAACAGAACGGAAGAUUUUAUUAUUAUUUUAAGAAAAUUUUUCCUGAACUUUCCACCCACGGACACUUUCAAAAAAGACAUCAUAUUCAACGAAGACUACAGUCAGAUUGUUGCCAGUCGAAUCUGGUUGCAGACGAACAGUACCGAAACGGAGUCCGAAUUUUACAAAUUUUUUCAAUUCCGUCCGGAUUUUUCCUCCUUGGGGCUGAUCGUUUACAAUCCUCUCCUGUAUUCGGCAGACAGCACGGAAAUGACCAUUUAUUCCACCUUUCAGAUAUUUGGAAUAACGGCCAUCGCUUCCGUAAUCAUCACUUUCGCCCUUCUACCCAGCGCCGUCAUCUCGUUGUGCGUGUCCUGCUGCAUCUUGUCCGUGGCUGUGGGAGUCAUCGGAUUCAUGACCUGGUGGGGAGUCAGCAUUAAUAUCAUAUCCAUGAUAACUCUAAUCGCGGUUUCCGGAUUUUCGGUGGAUUACAUCGCGCACGUGGCCUACGCUUACGUUUCUGCCGAAGUCUCGCAUCCGGUGGACAAGAUGCUGAAUGCAGUGAAGCACGUGGGUCUUCCGAUUUUGCAAGGAUCCUUUAGCACCGUUCUUUGUGUCAUCCCUUUUGUGCUACCUCCGGCUAAUUUCACUCUAGUUAUAAUGAAGAUAAUAGUGCUGCUCUGCGUGUUUUCUACUCUCCACGCCAUGCUCUUUCUGCCCGUCAUGUUGUGUUUGGUACAGUCGUUUCUUCUUUCGCUGAAAAAAGUUUUAGUAAGAAGAACGGAUAGCAUUCAAUUGAACAGUUUAAAAAAUCAAUCACGAAUCAGUUAUAUUUACAAUUAUUAAACAUAGAACUCAGUUUCUGAUUUGAUUCCUAUAAUCGAAUCUUUUAAUACUACGGACGGUGACGUAACUAGCCAAAUCCAACGUCCGGAAUAAAGACUGAUCAAUCAGCGUCCUCAUUAAAUGAACAUAUUUAUUUAAAUAACCGGUUUCACUUCUUUCCUCUUAAAAUAAGUCACUUUCACUUUCCAGUUCCGGCGACAGCGACGAAUCGGAUGAUGACGGAGGACGGCGCGUGGUUUAGAUCUUGAACCAACUCCUACUGGAUCCGAGGACACCCAUUACUCCCAAACAAUUGGAUCCUGGGUAUUCUGUGCUUGUCACAUGACAGCGUUACACGGUCCUUUACUACUCCGAAAUUAUACUUCGUUUCACCUAAGAAUGUUCCGCCACGAACUUUCUGCGAUUUGUUGGCUCGCAAUUACACGCCAAACACUGGCAAUGUCUGCACGAAUUCACUUCCAUUUCUACCGCGAUGCGGUAAGCGUAAACGAUAGGUAAGCAUUAUUAAGUACAGUAUUGUAUUUCUCAAAAGCUUAACGAAACGAUAAGAAUUAUGGACAUUACCUUAUCGAGAAAGCAUUCGGCAGCAACGGCUAUCCCGUUGGCGCGUAAGUGAGAAUUCCGGCUUUCUCGUGACAAAUUACUAAAUCUUACCAUUUAAUCUAAGAAACUGCACGUCUUAUUAACAGUAUAAUAAACCAAUAAAUAUCUUAUAAACACUAUAAUCGGCAGAACUCCUUUCUUUCGAGUGCGAGGUGGACUGGUGUAGUAGUCAAAGAGAAGCUUUUAGAGUGACGUCGCGUGUUUUUGAGCGGUGCAUUCUUUGUAUAGAUACUAAACUAUAAUGAAAUGUUAUUCUAAGCAUUCUAAAUCCAAUUAUGAAUCUUGAACAAAUACUGAAAUAAAAAUAAAUAUAGUAACGAAAUUGAAAGGUGAGCGCAACAGUGGCCUAGCUUUCUUUCGUGUCGAAAUCGAGUUCAGAGUUCAUGAAUAUAUUUAAUACAUGAAUAUUAAUACAGACAUAUAAAAAUAUAUAUGUUACCGCUAAAGCUCGAAAUCCGUUAAU